CGGCACCGGGCAGACUAUAAGAAGCGCGGACGCCGGCCCGACGGAAACAUUCGUCUUCCCAACUCCACACACCCAGGACACCAUGAAGUGCGCUCUGAUCCUGCUGGCCGCGGCCGUCCUCGGCGUGAGCUACGCCGUCCCCGUCCCAGAUCCUCACCAUCACCACCACCAUCACCGACACCAUGGUGGCUAUGGCGGGUUCGAGGGCGGAUAUCAUAGGGAGUACUACGGCGGCGGCGGCUACGGUGGACACGGCGGCUACGGCGGCCACGGCGGCUACGGCGGCCACGGCGGCUACGGCGGUGGCCACCCUGGCCCGGUGCACGGCGGUGGCUACGGCGGCUACCCCAACAACGGCGGUGGCGGAGCCAGCUUCAGCCAGUCGUCGGCGCAGUCCUCGGCCUCAUCGUCGUCCUUCGGCGGCGGCCCCGGCUCCGGCUCCCAGAGCCAAAGCCAGAGCCAGAGCCAGAGCUCCAGCGGUAGUGUCGGAUGGGGUCGCUAAUCUCCUAUGCGACCGACUCUUGAUCCUGCCGGAUGCCACCACCGCUGCCACGUAGUCAUAGCGACCUCUCCACAAGACUGACUAAAAUAACUUGAAUUGGCGUCGAGGCGUCUUCGGCGCGACGAAGACACGCUCGUCCGGUUUCUUGUUUACCUGUUUUCAUUAUUUAAAUAAAGCUCACGUGUACCUUGA